CCCAACCAUGUCGUUUCCUUCGGAGAAUAUGAACCCUAACUCGCCGGAGCCCGACAAGGUACCCACCUGGUCCGAUUUCUGGCUCAACGGCAAGGCAAAUCCUCUCAAGGAUAUGGUUCUCGCCAUGCAGCUUCACUCCCUUUCUUCCCCCAAAGACCCCAAAUCCAAAAAAUUUAUCCCUAGUUUUGCUAAAAUAGACCGGACCCUUCUCUUAUCUGAUGAGCUUCUUCUCAAAAUCCUCUCCAAGCUUCCCGAUUCACAGAGGAAGUCCAACUCUCUUGUUUGCAAGCGCUGGUUGAAUCUCCAGGGAAGGCUUGUACGGUCACUCAAAGUUUUAGACUGGAACUUCGUCUUGUCUGGUAGGCUGAUACAUAGAUUUCCCAAUUUAAACCACGUAGAUUUGGUUAAUGGGUCUCUGAUUUCGCCUCGAAAUUCGGGCAUCUUUCUGAGUCACCGAAUUGUUUCUGUGCAUAUUGAUUCUGGGUUUCCUGCUAAUUGGUGUAUCGGUGAGGAAAAUAUGCUCCCUGUUGAAGUUAUUGAUGCUGGAAUGAAAGCCCUUGCUUCUGGGUGCCCCAAUCUGAGGCGGCUAAGAAUUAUUGGUGCCAGUGAAAUGGGUUUAUUGUAUGUGGCUGAGGAGUGUCCCACAUUGCAAGAGUUGGAGCUGCAAAGAUGCAACGACAAUGUGUUGCGUGGGAUUGCGGCGUUUGAGAACCUGCAAAUCUUGAAAUUGGUUGGAAAUGUUGAUGGAUUCUACGGCUCUGUGGUUUCAGAUAUUGGAUUGACAAUCUUAGCUCAAGGUUGUAAGAGGCUGGUGAAGCUUGAGCUUAGUGGGUGUGAAGGCAGCUUUGAUGGGAUUAAAGCCAUUGGCAAGUGCUGCCAAAUGUUAGAGGAAUUGACUCUUUGUGACCAUAGGAUGGAUGAUGGGUGGUUAGCAGCACUCUCAUAUUGUGAGAAUUUGAAGACUUUGAGGUUCCUGUCGUGUAAGAAAAUUGAUUCUAAUCCAGGACUAGAGGAGUAUUUGGGUUCUUGUCCAGCUCUUGAACGGUUGCAUUUGCAGAAGUGCCAAUUACGAGACAAAAAGAGUAUGAGAGCAAUAUUUUCCGUAUGCAGGGCUACAAGGGAGAUUAUUCUCCAGGACUGCUGGGGAUUGGAUAAUAACAUGCUCAGUUUUGCAAACAUUUGCAGGCGAGUAAAGUUCUUGCACCUGGAAGGAUGCUCAUUGCUAACAACUGAAGGUCUAGAGUCUGUAAUUCAAUCCUGGUCGGAGCUUCAGAGCCUGAGAGUAGUCUCAUGCAAGAAUAUAAAGGAAAGUGAAAUCUCUCCUGCGCUUGCAACCCUAUUUACCAACCUCGUAGAGCUGAGAUGGAGGCCAGAUACCAAGUCUCUUCUUCCCUCAAAUCUUGUGGGGACAGGUAUGGGUAAGAGGGGGAGUAGAUUUUUCAAGAGGGCAUGAUAGGAACUGAAUUUAGGGAGAGGAUUCUCUUCAGGUUCAAGACCAUUCGCAGGGAAAAGAGGAAGAGACGAGGGGUUUUGGACGAUACCCCUCUUUCCUUUUCUUUUCACGUGUACUCUUUAAGUCAUUUUGGAGAGAAAUUAAGCCCCUGAAUUUACUUUGAUAUUCUCAGUUUGCGAGUCCCUUCAACAGUUAGACAGUUCAACUGGAGAGAGAUAGAGUGGAUGGUGAGAUUCAUACACCAGGUAUGGUCUUUCUCACACAAAAGACUGCUCAACUAGUAGCCCUGGACUUAGGAACAAAGGAUUCUCACUACAAUAUGCAGUAAUGUAUGUAGUUACUGUUAUUUUAGAUGUUUAGAUGGAAGAAGACUGAUCUUUGUUUUCUUCCUUUAGUGAAAAGGCAGCAGUCCCAACCCAGUGAUGUAAUCAUGUGUAAGCUGAAUGCAUUUUACUAGUGCUCUCUAAAGUAGAAAUUGGCCAUGGGAGAACG